AUGUACAUCGCUCUCCAUUACAUAGUCACCCGCCUCCCUGACUCCCUUCGUGUAGUCAGAGACCACUUCCUCUCAGUCUGUCCCACCACUCUCACUGUUGACCUCCUCAAGAAGGCCCUCUUAGCAGCGGAGAAGAGCAUAGUCGCUGCAGGAGCCUCUCGUGGUGACCCUCGCACCCCCAACUUUGAGGGGUGUUCCCCUUCCCCCCUUUUGCCCUCUGUCGCCUCUGCUGCUGCGGCCGACCUUGUUGGUCUUGAGUCGGUCGGUACGGCGUCUGCCCCUAGUGGGAGACGCCGCUCUGGCAAGGGCAAGGAGGGCAGGGGCGCGGGCGGAGCUAGCGGGGGUGGUGGAGGUGGCGGUGGAGGCGGCAGAGGGAGUGGGGGUGGCGGUGGGAGUGGUGGCGGGGGUGGAGGUGUCGGUGGCGGCAGUGGAGGCGGAGGCGGCGGAGGCGGUGGCGGUGAGAGCGGAGGCGGCGGUGGUGGCCGAGGUGGAGGAGGUGGAGCUGGUCGUGGUGGUGCUACGCAGCGGAGCGGCUCCGGUGGUGGUCAGCGCCAGCAGCAGCAGCAGAGUUCUCGGGACAUCCCCCCCCCUCAGCAGCUCCAUGAGUGGUACGCUGCACAUCAGAGGGGUGGGGGUACUGGUCCGUGCACCUACGUCCUACGCACCGGAGACCGCGCAGGUGAGCAGUGUGGGGGUCUACACCCCACCCAGCGCUGCUUCGGCUGCCUGACGGACGCUUGGCGUCACCAGUUCCUGGAGGCAACUGAGAUCCCCCGUUGGGGUGAGCUGUAUAGGGCGGGUGUAGCUAUCUUUGAUCUUGAAUUUGAUGCUAUUCUUGCUGCCAUGUAUGCUGUGAUUAUUAGUGAUGAGGGUGACUGUUACCGGUGUUUCCCGCCCGACCCGGGCAUUGAGACUGCUGCUCUAGGUACUGGUGAGGCUGCUGCUCUAGGUGCCAGUGUGGUUGCUGCUCUAGGUGCCAGUGCGUCUGCAUCCUUAGGCCGGCACCUGGCCACGUUUACGCAUCGGCCGGGGUCGAGCCUCUACACUUUGACCACUAAGUCUCCUCCUGUCCCUGCGUCUGGUGAGGUACCUGCGUUGGGUCAGGUGUUUGCUGCAGCGUCUAGGCCUGGCCCUACCUGCGUCCCCUGUGUCGAGGGGCGGCUACUGGCUGCCCCUCACUCCUCUCAGUUUCCCCCGACAGAGGCCCCGCUGCAGACGCUUCACAUGGACGUGUGGAGCCCGGCCCGCGUCCGUGGGCAGGGUCACGAGUGCUACUUCCUACCGAUGGUUGACGAGUACUCGCGUUACACCACAGUCUCCCCCUUGCGCAGCAAGGGUGAUGUAACUGAGGUGUUGAUCGACUGGAUCCACGCAGCCAGUCUCCAGCUCAGGAGGAGCUUUGGCUCAGACUUUCUUGUUCUACGUCUGCACUUUGACCGAGGCGGAGAGUUCUCCUCUGGCCUUCUGCGAGCCUACUGCCGUGCGCGAGGCAUUCGCUAG